AUGGUCGUGUUGAGUCCUACGAGAUCGCACCUGGACACCAUGGAGAUAUAUCAAAGCUUAACCAACACUCCGCAAAUGUUCGUCUCACCAGCUGAUACUCUCAAAGAUAAGGGCCCGAGUGAGGUACCACAAGACGUACCGCCAGCAACUACUUCAGAGGACCUUGAGAUCGGAGAUGAACGGAACGAAGAUCCUCCCGAGUUCGACGCUGAAGCCGCUGCAGAAGCAUUGGACGAUCUUGUGCAUGAUCGAGACCUCCCACCCGAAGAGCGAGGCCUGAAAAGAGCCCUCGAUUUUUGCGAACGACACAACUGGACUGGGGAUGAAGCACCUAGGCCAGAGGGCCUAAAUGGGGAACGUGAGAGGAAGAAGGCGGCCAAGAAACGAGGGAAGAGUAGGGAGGAGGAUCUGUUAGUCAGAGUGGUUGACACGGUAAAGGACAAGGACUUCGAAGCUAGGAUGUCAUCAAGCGAGGACGAGGAAGCCGAUGAUGAAUCUGCAAGCCAAGGAGAUGCAAGCCAAGGAGAUGACGAACCAGGACUGGCGUUGGGUAAUGGCAGGAAGCCUAAAACAUCCAAGCUCAAGUCGAACAAACGAAAGAAGGCGGAUGGUAGUGAGGGCGCGGAUGAGAAGCCUAGGAAGUCCCCCAAGACCACAACCAAGUCCAAGACUGGACCAUCCUCUCAGAUGAAGCCAGCAAUACCAGAAACGACGAGUCCAAGACUGGACCAUCCUCUCAGGCGAAGCCAGCAAUAUCAAAAGCAACGAGUAACCUAG